GAAGAACAGACAAAAACGCCUUGAUUGUUGACAGUAAGGUUAGCUUCUCCUUGUUGGGAUGCAAUUUCUCUCUACAUUUUACAAUAAAUAUUGUUUACAAUGACCUCUCCCGAAGACAAACACGGCACAAAACGACCAGCUUCUCCCUCAGAAGACGGGCCGACACAGUGGGGAUCUGCUGAUCUGGGAAGUGAUGAGAGGAAGCAAAAAUUUUUACGCUUGAUGGGUGCAAGCAAGAAAGAACAUACUGGACGUCUUGUCAUUGGUGACCACAAGUCGACAUCUCACUUCCGUAGCGGCCAGGAAGAUAAGAAGAUGAACGAGGACCUGGAGCAUCAGUACUACCAGAGCAUGGAUGGAAAGCUGUCUGGAAGGAAUCGAAGGCAUUGUGGUCUGGGUUUUAGUGAGCCUGACCCGCAGCCAGAAUCGACACCUGUCCCACCCCUAGACGGUCACACAGAAGGUGCUGGUUCAGAGAAGUCCACCAGUAAGGAAGGUCCCACAGAAUCGCAGGUCAAACACUCUGAUCCCAGUCCAAAGGAUCAAACCUCAGAGGAGACCGAGCACAGCUCAGACGAUGUCACCGACGAGCGCAAACACGACUUUGUAAAAUCGUUGUAGGGGGAGGGGCUUCGGGAAAGGGAGAGAUUUAAGUUUCGUAUUCUCAGAUUUUGCCAGAGCUUUGUCUCGUUUACCUGCAGACCAUCAGUCAUUUCCAUGUAGAGCUGGAUUCUUCAGAGCUCAUCGAGACUCGGGUGUGGAAGAACAACAAAAAAAACAAGUUGUUUUGGGGAUGGAUUGGUCGUAAACAUCAUUAAAACAACCACGUUUUAUUUAAGUUGAACAUUUUAACAGUCACCGCAGUUUGUCUUCAACUGUACUGAAUAAAACAGGAUUAUGUUUCAUUAAACAUGAGUUGUGUAGAUGUGACUGUUUACAUUUUAUUUUUAAUUUUUUUAAUAAAAAGCAAGAGUCGCAGUGUUUUC